AUGCCCAAGGUCGUCGAAUCCAGGGACUCGAUCAAGAACAUCUGGGGCGACCGCACGCCCUACAAGCACCAGUGGCCGACGCGGUGCGACUCGCACCUCGUCGAUAAACCGGACAAAUGGGUCCAGAGUGCUUGUGUUCUGUGCAGCAAUGGCUGCGGCAUGGACAUCGGGGUGAAGGAUGGCAAAGUCGUCGGCGUGCGUGGACGGACAGCCGACCGCGUCAAUAAAGGACGACUGGGGCCGAAGGGGUUGAACGGAUGGAUAACAAUCGGACACCCUGACCGUCUGCAACACCCGCUGAUCCGGCGCAAUGGCAAGCUGGAGCGGGCGUCGUGGGACGAGGCCAUGGCGCUGAUUGUAGACCGCGCAAAGGAUAUCCAGUCCAGACUGACGAACCACGGUAUUGGGUUCUAUACCAGUGGGCAGCUGUUACUCGAGGAGUAUUAUGUGCUCGCGAUGGUUGGGAAGGCCGGGUUGAAUACGCUACAUAUGGAUGGGAAUACGCGCCUGUGCACUGCAACUGCAGCUGCGAGCAUGCGAGAAUCUUUCGGGAGUGAUGGCCAGCCAGGCUCAUAUUCAGAUAUCGACUAUACGGACUGUUUGUUCCUGGUCGGACACAAUAUGGCCGCCACGCAGACGGUGCUGUGGUCUCGAGUGCUGGACCGUCUUGCAGGGCCAAAUCCACCGAAACUCAUUGUCGUCGACCCUCGCAUGUCAGACACUGCAAAGAAAGCGACAAUACACCUGACGCCAAAAAUCGGGACCAACGUGGCCCUGAUGAACGGGCUGCAGCACCUGAUUAUCGAGAACGGCUGGGAGAAUGAGGACUACAUCGCACAGCACGUCUGCGGAAUGGAAGACUUGAAGAAGGUCGUCAAGAAAUAUACACCUGAAUAUGUAGAAAAGAUCACCGGAGUGCCUGUCUCCCAACUGCACGAGACUGCCAGAGCCCUAGCAACAUCCGGCAGUCUGCUCUCAACAGCGCUACAAGGCGUCUACCAGUCCAACCAGGCCACCGCAGCAGCAUGCCAAAUCAACAACAUUAAUCUACUACUCGGCCACAUCGGCAAACCCGGCAGCGGCAUCUUCCAAAUGAACGGACAACCCACGGCGCAAAACAACCGCGAAACAGGCUGCGACGGCGAAUACCCCGGAUUCCGCAACCACCAGAACCCCAAGCACAUGCAGGAAAUCGCCGACAUCUGGAACAUCGACCUGACGCACGUCCCGCACUGGAACGAACCAACGCAUAUCCAGAACAUGCUCAACUUCGUCGCCGCCGGCAGCAUCGAGAUGUUCUGGGUGUCGGGGACAAACCCGCUCGUCAGCCUCCCCCAUCUCUACCGCGUGCGCGACCUCCUCACAAAACCAGACCUCUUCCUCGUCGUGCAGGACAUCUUCCUCACCGAGACAGCAGCAAUCGCAGACGUGGUCUUACCAGCUGCGCAAUGGGGCGAGAAAACAGGCUGCUUCACCAACGUCGACCGCACAAUGCACCUGUCGCAAAAGGCCGUCGAACCACCGGGGGAAGCAAAACCAGACCUGGAAAUCUUCCUCGAUUUUGCGCGGAGAAUGGACUUCCGCAAUAAAGACGGCGGCGUGCUCAUCCCCUUCACGGAGCCGGAGGAAGUCUUCGCUGAGUGGAAGAAGAUGUCCUUUGGCCGGCCUCUUGACUGCAGCGAGCUCAGCUAUGAAAAAUUAACCGGUGGAUCAGGGAUCCAAUGGCCCUGUACGAAAAAGUACCCAUAUGGAAAAGAGAGACUCUUCGAAGACGGCAUCUUCUUCACAGAUACCGAGUACUGCGAGAGUUUCGGACACGACCUCGAGACCGGUGCACCACUCACCAAAGCACAAUACCAGGCGAUAAACCCAGCAGGCCGGGCUAUUUUGAAAUCAUGCCACUACAAGCCGAGCAUGGAGCAGCCGAAUAGCGAGUUCCCAUUUUUACUGGCGACAGGGAGGAAUGUCUUCCAUUUCCAUACGAGAUCGAAGACCGGGCGAUCGAAGCGGUUGCAGGGAGCAGAUCGGGAUGCAUGCGUUGUUGUAUCCCAGACAGACGCGGACGGCGUCGGGCUCAGUAACGGCGAGAUGGUCAUCGUGCGUUCAAGACGAGGACAAGUCGAACUUCCUGUGAAGAUCGAGGGAAUCAACGCAGGCCACGUCUUCAUCCCGUUCCAUUUCGGGUAUUUCGACUCAAAGGACAAGCGCGCGAGAGCAGCGAACGAACUCACCAUUGAACAAUGGGACCCCGUCUCCAAACAGCCAAUGUUCAAAUCCGGCGCGGUACGAAUCGAGAAAUGCGUCCAGAAGGAAUCACAGUCCCCCGUCGCCCCAGAGCGCCAAACCGCCGCCAUCCACGCCGUAGAAGAGCAGAAACUGAAUGCAAGCGAAACCCGCAAAGACGAGUCCCAGAAACGUAUUCGGUGGCUGGAAAUGUGGCUCGGCGCAACGCACGAAAGCCUCGAGAUGCUGCGCGAUAUCUACAGCGACCUCAUCCCGCGCCUGGUGCACGAUCUGGAGAUCCAGUCUGGACUUGAAGUGAUGAGACGGAUUACACACGAUGCCAUCGGCAACCUCGAACCGGUUAUAGCCCGGUACCAUGAGAGUCGGCUGUACGGACGGAAAGUCUGCGAUAGGUUGCGGCGGUCUCUAUUCCCCAUGGAAGAGAACGAGUCGAACGACGCCUACGAGGCGCUGAUUGCGCUGCAGUCGCUGGAGAUGUUUCUGACAUAUAUCGAGGGCCAUUUGACGGCGCUAUCGCCCGCGAGUCAGGCGCUUUGGGAUACCGAGUUUGUAAACGCCGUUACGUUUGCUCAGACGAGCGUGGGCAGGCAGAAGGCGUGGGUUACGCAGCAUAUCAAAGUCAAGAGUCCACAGACGCUGCUGGUGCCGCAGAUGCCACCGGGUCAGUUGGCUACAGAUGCGUCAGGGCUCGCGAGGGAGUUUUACUACUGA